UAAUGGUAUGGGGUUUUAGUUUACAGUGGAAAUCAUAUGUUUUUUUUGUCCAGUUCAACUUGCAGUCCGUUGUCUUCCUGGAAAACUCUAAUUUUCCAUUGUUAAUAAAUUAUCAACCCAGAAAACAAUUAACAAUUGAAACCUGAAAAAAAUGUCUGCUUUUCAUGUCUCCAAUUUCAUCAUUACUACGAAUGCCUCGUCAACUCAUCCGAAGUUCCCCUGUUUUUCUCUCUUCCAAAAAUCUCUUUCGUUUCCCUACUCCGUUCCUCAGUCUCAAAGGAAAAUCACAACUUUCGUCUCUUCAAAAUCGUCGGAAGCAGGGGAGUUGUCGACCGCAGAAGACGAGUGGCUCAGCAGACUCCCGGACAAGAACAAGCCCCUUUACUCCCACAGCCUGCCCUGCAUUGAAGCAUGGCUUAGGAGCUUAGGGUUUUAUCAGACCAGAGAUGACCGUGCUGUUUGGUUGAUUGAAAAACCUGAUUGGGAUGCCCAGUUAUCUCUUGAUGUCACUGAUCUUUGUAUAAGGUAUUUGAAGAGCGGACCUGGGAAUCUUGAACGAGACAUGGAAAGGAGAUUCAGUUAUGCACUGAGUAGAGAGGAUAUCGAAAAUGCAAUACUCGGAGGACCGUAAAGACCUUUAGUUAGUUCCUCAUCAUGAAUAUCUUUCAAUCAAGCAGUUGCAACACUUUAUCAACUUCCUAAACUUUGAGGAUAUCCUACCACUGCAAAUUUGCAAUCUUAUGCCUUUUCUCCUGUCUCUUGUCUUAGUCUCUUAGAUUGAAGUUAAGCAAGUUAUGGGCAUUUUAUGACCU